CCGCCGAGUUGUCUUAUGCCCGUUUGUUUGCCUGCCUACUUGUGUCACCGUCAUCCAAUUGUCGGCGCUCCGGUGUCAGCUUCUGGCUCACCGCCCUUCGUUGAGUCCUUCAGCAUGCCCAAGGGUACACAAGAGCUGAAGGCGGAUGAAGGGAAAGUCCUUCACGGCGGCGGCGGUGAUCUCCGUUUGCAUUACUUGCUCACUUUCUUUUUUUUCUUCCCGUCUCAAGGCUUCUGA